GAAGUUCCGGUGGCGGAUCGCCGACCGGGCGGAGCUGAUCGCUGCGCGGGCUGCGAGAGCUAGGUGGCUGGGCGCGGAGCCCAAGCCGUGCCGCGCGGCGCCAUGAAGGGCAAGGAGGAAAAGGAGGGCGGCGCGCGGCUGGGCACUGGCGGUGGCAGCCCUGAUAAGAGUCCGAGUGCGCAGGAGCUCAAGGAGCAGGGGAACCGGCUCUUCGUGGGCCGCAAGUACCAGGAGGCGGCGGCCUGCUACGGCCGCGCCAUCACCCGGAACCCACUUGUGGCAGUGUACUACACCAACCGGGCCCUUUGCUAUCUGAAGAUGCAGCAGCCUGAACAGGCACUCGCUGACUGCCGGAGAGCCCUGGAGCUGGAUGGGCAGUCUGUGAAGGCGCAUUUCUUCCUGGGGCAGUGCCAGCUAGAGAUGGAGAGUUACGAUGAGGCCAUUGCCAAUCUGCAGCGAGCCUAUAGUUUGGCCAAGGAGCAGCGACUCAACUUUGGGGAUGACAUCCCCAGUGCCCUUCGCAUUGCGAAGAAGAAGCGCUGGAACAGUAUCGAGGAACGGCGCAUUCACCAGGAGAGUGAGCUGCACUCUUAUCUCAGCAGGCUCAUUGCUGCUGAGCGAGAGAGGGAACUGGAAGAGUGUCAGCGGAACCAUGAGGGUGAUGAGGAUGAUGGCCACGUCCGGGCCCAGCAGGCCUGCAUUGAGGCCAAGCACGAUAAAUACAUGGCAGACAUGGAUGAGCUCUUCUCUCAGGUGGACGAGAAGAGAAAGAAGCGAGAUAUCCCUGACUACUUGUGUGGCAAGAUCAGCUUUGAGCUGAUGCGGGAGCCCUGCAUCACACCCAGUGGUAUCACUUACGACCGCAAGGACAUUGAGGAGCACCUGCAGCGUGUCGGCCACUUUGACCCUGUGACCCGGAGCCCUCUGACCCAGGAACAACUCAUCCCCAACUUGGCCAUGAAGGAAGUCAUUGAUGCAUUCAUCUCUGAAAACGGCUGGGUAGAGGACUAUUAAAGCCAUGUCCUGCCUGGCACCCUAGCCCAGGAGGGUCUGGAGACAGAAGCUCCAGUUCCUGUAUAUAGCUUGUGUCCCUGGGCUUGCCCCCAUCAGUUCUGCUGAUGGGUUCUGAACUGCUCCCUUUCCCUUGCUGGGCCAUGAGCCUUCCCUGUCCCCCUUCUGGGCUGGAAAGCGGGUGAGGGUGGGCUUAGGUUGCUGCUGCUGCCACUGUCCUGUAAUAAAGUCUGUGAGCACUA